AUGAACGGCUCUGGAAACCACGACAUCGAGAUGGACAUCGACCGAAACGCAAGCCCGGCCGUUGCGAGCGGGACCAGAUUUGGAACCGCUCCUCAACGGGGCGACACGAGGAUCGUGGUUAUCCUGUAUGCUUCAGGCCAGGACAAGAUCGUGUCAGUCUUCGCCGAUGUCCUGGGCAAACCAUUCGCAAUUCGUUCCGCUUUCGAGGAGAUCACCGCUGCUGACCAAGGGCUUGUGGUCGGCCUCCCAGCGGAGCUGGCCAAGAACGACAUCAAAUCGCGUAACACAGAACUCGUCGUUGCCAUCAACGCCCACUGUGUCAACCUCGGCAUGCCACCGGACGUUUUUCUCUCGGCCGAGUGCGAUUACGAGUUUCUGUACACGGAAGCGCCAUUCUUCCGCCGAGACCUCGCCAGGUUUAUCUCUUUUACACUGGGGCAGAUAACCCAUCACGAGACUCUGAUGUCGAAGCCACGGACUUACUUCAUCUCGACAACGUUUCCCGACGUCAGUGCAGCACUCCCCAACAUCGACAUUCUCACGGUUGGCGCGGACGCAGUGGAAAUUCGUGUCGAUCUUCUCAAGGAGCCACUUGGCGACGGAACGUAUUCCGCAAUCCCCAGCUUGAGCUAUGUUGGAGAGCAACUAAUGCUUCUACGCCAACGGACGGAACUUCCCAUCAUCUUUACUACAAGAUGUACGCGAGAGAAUGGUCGUUUCCCGAUGGAGAAUCCUGAUCUUUAUUACGAAUAUCUGUACCGUGCCAUCCAAUGGGGCGUUGAGUACAUCGACGUUGAGCUCUGGCUACCAGAGGCCAUCCGAAAGAGGCUAUACGAACAGAAAGGUAGCAGUCGCAUCAUGUCUGCGUUCCACGACUUCUCCGGCACUUUCAAGUGGCCCUCCUCGUAUGCAGAGCAGGUCUACGUGGAAUCAAGCAAAUAUGCCGACAUCAUCAAGAUGAUUGCCAUCAUCAACGACCACAACGAAAACUUCGAGUUGGAAUACUUCCGCUCAAAGAUGCGAGCAGACUACCCAAAUUCUCCGCCAUUCUCGGGAGUUAACAUGGGAGAAACUGGCCAGUUCUCGCGAACUUUGAACAGAGUCUUCACUCCUAUCACCCAUCCUUUACUGCCCAUCGUUGCUGCUCCAGGACAGAUGAGUGCGUCGGAAAUCAAUGCGGCUCUGGCUCUGUUGGGACAACUUCCCAAGAAGAGCAUAUACGGCAUCACGACCCCAGCCUUUCGAAGUUCAACACCUCAAGCCCCGUUUUACGAAAAGUGCUUCAACGAGCUCGGCCUUCCCCAUUACUUUGCUAUCGUGGAGCGCUUGCCCAACAACUUCCAAGCCAUGGAGGCGUGGUGUAACCAGAAGAACUUCGGUGGCGCCUACCUCAGCCCUCCCGUGUCUUGGAGCAGUCUGCUGAAGUACAGUCCUUUCUUCGGGGCGCUCAGCGGUGGCAAGGGUCCGGAGGUGACAGAGGCUGCUAGACUCAUUGGGACCGUCGACACCAUCAUCGUGAAGUCAUCAUCUUCGUCGUCGGCCUCAUCAGCGCCCGCCUCCAUCCCAUCAAGCCCACGCCACGGACACCAUGAUUCGUUUGGACAUCUGUCGUCGGGUGCUUCCAGCCUGUCACCAAGCACGUCCUUAAUAUUAGACAACGCCAGUUGGAGAGGCAUCAUCAGUACGCUGACAAGAGACAUGGCCCCUUCUGCGUACUUCGGCCGCACAGCUGUCGUUCUGGCUUCCUCGGGCGACGAUGCUGCGUCAGUAAUGUACGCUCUCAAGGCCCUCCAAGUCGGCAAGAUAUACACUGUUGGGUUCCGGACUCCGGCGGCCCUGGCCAGAGACGGGCCGGUGAUUGAACCAUUCAACAGCCUGGAAAGCCUAAAGAGAGCACAAACCGUGGGUGAUGGUGCGGCUCCGUUCCUAGUCGUUUCGGCUCUUGGGGCGGAGAAGAGUAAUAUCGUCGGUAUGCUCGUUCGAGUCUUUGGCUCAAAUUCUCAGGGAAAUUCCAACUCCAAGAAGGUUUUCCUUGACCUGGCCGACACCGCCGGUGCGAGAAGAGGCGGUGAUCCUGGUAUCAUUGCCCAACAGGCCGGAUUUUCUGCCUACGGCAGCGCCGAUACGGCCGCCUUUACCACAGUCGAAACAUUGAGGCUGCUGGUGGGACAGAACGUACCUUACAGCUUUGUGAGGUUGGCAAGCGGUAGAAGUCUCUUCUGA